AUGCUGAUUAAGAGGAAAAUGUGUGCCGGCACCGAGAACAAGCUGAGCUCCCUCUCUGACCUGGAGCAGCAGUACCGGGCCCUGCGCAAGUACUAUGAGAACUGUGAGGUAGUGAUGGGCAACCUGGAGAUCACCAGCAUCGAGCACAACAGAGACCUCUCCUUCCUGAGGUCUAUCCGAGAAGUCACGGGCUAUGUGUUGGUGGCUCUGAACCAGUUUGAGUACCUGCCCCUGGAGAACCUGCGCAUCGUUCGUGGCACCAAGCUCUACGAGGAGCGAUACGCUCUGGCCAUAUUCCUUAACUACAGGAAGGAUGGGAACUUUGGACUCAGGGAACUUGGCUUGAGGAACCUGACAGAGAUACUGAAUGGAGGGGUGUACGUUGGCCAGAACAAAUUCCUCUGCUUCGCAGACACCAUUCAUUGGCAAGACAUCGUGCGUAACCCCUGGGCCUCCAACUUCACUCUGGUUCCAACAAAUGGCAGCUCAGGAUGUGGUCGUUGCCACAAGUCCUGCACUGGACGGUGCUGGGGACCAACAGAGAAUCACUGCCAGACCUUGACAAAGACUGUGUGUGCAGAGCAGUGUGAUGGACGCUGCUACGGGCCCUACGUCAGCGACUGCUGCCACCGCGAGUGCGCCGGGGGCUGCUACGGACCCAAGGACACCGACUGCUUUGCCUGUAUGAAUUUCAAUGACAGUGGUGCCUGUGUGACACAGUGCCCCCAGACCUUCGUGUACAACCCCACCACCUUCCAGCUGGAGCACAACCACAACGCCAAGUACACCUAUGGGGCUUUCUGCGUCAAGAAGUGCCCGCACAACUUUGUGGUGGAUUCCAGCUCUUGUGUCCGGGCAUGUCCCAGCUCCAAGAUGGAAGUUGAAGAAAAUGGUAUUAAGAUGUGCAAGCCCUGCACUGACAUUUGUCCUAAAGCAUGUGAUGGCAUUGGGACAGGGAGUUUGGUGUCAGCUCAGACAGUGGAUUCCAGCAACAUUGACAAGUUUGUAAACUGUACCAAGAUCAAUGGCAACCUCAUCUUCCUUGUCACUGGAAUUCAUGGAGACCCAUAUCACACGAUCGCUGCCAUCAAUCCAGAGAAAUUAAAUAUCUUCCAAACAGUGAGAGAGAUAACAGGGUAUUUGAACAUACAGUCGUGGCCUGAGAACAUGACAGACUUCAGGGUGUUUUCUAACUUGGUUACCAUUGGUGGGAGAGCUCUCUAUAGUGGCCUUUCCUUGCUCAUCCUGAAGCAACAAGGCAUCACUUCCCUGCAGUUCCAGUCCUUGAAGCAAAUCAGUGCUGGCAACAUCUACAUCACAGACAACAGCAAUCUGUGCUACUACCACACUGUCAACUGGACCAGCCUCUUCAGCACCCCCAGCCAAAAGACAGUGAUCCACCGGAACAAAAGGGCAGAGAACUGCACUGCUGAUGGGAUGGUGUGCAAUGAGCUGUGCUCCAGCGACGGCUGCUGGGGCCCGGGGCCGGACCAGUGCCUGUCCUGCAAGCGCUUCAUCAGGGGCAGGACCUGCAUCGACUCCUGCAACCUCUACGAUGGGGAAUUCCGAGAAUUUGCAAACGGUUCUGUCUGUGUGGAGUGUGAUCCCCAGUGUGAAAAGAUGGAGGAAAACAUGAUCACUUGCUACGGGCCGGGUCCUGACCACUGCACAAAGUGUUUCCAUUUUAAGGAUGGUCCAAAUUGUGUGGAAAAAUGUCCUGAUGGCUUGCAGGGGGCCAACAGCUUCAUUUUCAAGUACGCCGAUGAGGACCGGGAGUGCCAUCCGUGUCACCCAAACUGCACCCAGGGGUGCAUAGGGCCCCACCUGGAGGACUGCAUUGGGCUGAUGGAUAGAACGCCCCUGAUUGCUGCUGGAGUUAUUGGUGGCCUCUUCAUCAUCGUCAUUAUGGGCCUGACGUUUGCUGUGUACGUUCGGCGCAAGAGCAUCAAGAAGAAAAGAGCACUGCGAAGGUUCCUGGAGACUGAGCUCGUGGAACCCCUGACCCCGAGCGGCACGGCGCCCAACCAAGCACAGCUCCGCAUCCUGAAGGAGACAGAGCUGAAGAGAGUCAAGGUGCUGGGCUCUGGAGCCUUUGGAACGGUGUACAAGGGAAUCUGGGUCCCUGAGGGAGAAACAGUAAAGAUUCCUGUGGCCAUUAAGAUCCUUAAUGAGACCACUGGUCCGAAAGCCAACGUGGAGUUUAUGGAUGAAGCUCUCAUCAUGGCCAGCAUGGACCACCCACACCUGGUGAGACUCCUGGGGGUCUGCUUGAGCCCCACCAUCCAGCUGGUCACUCAGCUGAUGCCUCACGGCUGCCUCCUGGAUUAUGUCCAUGAACACAAGGAUAAUAUUGGCUCCCAGCUCCUGCUGAACUGGUGUGUCCAAAUAGCUAAGGGAAUGAUGUACCUGGAAGAGAGGAGACUCGUUCACCGGGACUUGGCAGCCCGUAACGUCCUGGUGAAAUCACCAAACCACGUGAAAAUCACUGACUUUGGCUUGGCCAGGCUUCUGGAAGGGGAUGAAAAGGAGUAUAAUGCUGAUGGGGGAAAGAUGCCAAUUAAGUGGAUGGCUCUGGAGUGCAUACACUACAGGAAAUUUACCCAUCAGAGUGAUGUGUGGAGCUAUGGAGUCACCAUCUGGGAGCUGAUGACCUUUGGUGGGAAGCCAUACGAUGGAAUCCCAACUCGAGAGAUCCCUGACCUCUUGGAGAAGGGAGAGCGGCUGCCCCAGCCCCCCAUCUGCACUAUUGAUGUUUAUAUGGUGAUGGUGAAGUGCUGGAUGAUUGAUGCUGACAGUCGGCCAAAAUUCAAGGAGCUGGCUGCUGAAUUCUCUAGAAUGGCUCGAGACCCUCAGAGAUACCUGGUAAUUCAGGGAGAUGAUCGUAUGAAGCUCCCAAGCCCAAAUGACAGCAAGUUCUUCCAAAAUCUUCUUGAUGAGGAAGACCUGGAAGAUAUGAUGGAUGCUGAAGAGUAUCUUGUUCCUCAAGCCUUCAACAUUCCUCCUCCCAUCUACACCUCCAGGACAAGAAUUGAUUCCAACAGGAACCAGUUUGUAUACCGGGAUGGUGGCUACGCUGCCGAGGUGCCGAUGCCGUACAGGGCUCCAGGCUGCAUCAUUCCAGAGGCCCCAGCCGCUCAAGGGGCCACAGCAGAGAUCUUUGAAGACACUUGCUGCAAUGGCACGAUGCAGAAACAGGUGGCAACCCUGGCAAAAGAGGACAGCAGCACCCAGAGGUACAGCGCCGACCCCACCGUCUUCAUUCCCGAGCGGGUCGUGCGGGGAGAGCUGGAUGAGGAUGGGUACAUGACACCGAUGCGAGACAAACCUAAAACAGAUUACCUAAACCCAGUGGAAGAGAACCCCUUUGUUUCCCGACGAAAGAACGGAGAUCUCCAAGCUGUGGACAACCCAGAGUACCACAACGCUCCCAACGGGCAGCCCAAAGCCGAGGAUGAGUACGUGAACGAGCCCUUGUACCUCAACACCUUCGCCAACACCUUGGAAAACGCAGAGUACCUGAAGAACAAUUUGCCAGAGAAAGCCAAGAAGGCCUUUGACAACCCAGACUACUGGAACCACAGCCUGCCCCCACGGAGCACCCUCCAGCACCCGGACUACCUGCAAGAGUACAGCACAAAAUACUUUUACAAACAGAAUGGACGGAUCCGGCCCAUAGUGGCAGAGAAUCCUGAAUACCUCUCCGAGUUCUCCCUGAAGCCUGGCACUGUGCUUCCCCCGCCGCCCUACAGACACCGGAAUACCGUGGUGUAGUGGCUGUGCUCUCACUGAAGUGGAAAGGCAACCCCUUCUAGCUGCCUCACUCGUGCUCUCUCGCUCCCCCUUCC